UUUCUGAAAUUGAACACCAGUGGGAAAACAUGAAUAUCUCCCUCACAGGUAAUGUAGGAAGAAACAACAACUUGGUGAUUUUCUUCCUACAUACCACAAGCUCACAGAGAGGUUCUGACGAAGAAAGUCCUACAACACAUUUGAUCUCCAUCUUCCGGUAUACCCACCCCAUCGUUCUUCUAUCAAAGUAUCCAGCUGCUUCUUAAAUGAGUCCAGUGUCGUGGCUUCAUCCAUCCUUCCUGGCUAUGGCCACAGCAUCAAGAGGAGUUCUCUCGCAGCCACCAGCAGCUAAGAGUGUGAUCGUUUACAGGAACGGAGACCCAUUCUUUACUGGCAGAAGAUUUCUCAUUAACUACAAACAGGUCUCCACGUUUGACAACUUCCUCAAUCAGGUCACCAGGGGCAUCAACGCACCCUUUGGGGCGGUCCGCAGCAUAUAUACCCCCAGGGAUGGACACAGGGUCCUGGAUCUGGACGAUCUGCAGAAUGGAGCGAGCUAUGUGGCAGCCGGGGCGGAGAAAUUUAAAACUCUUGACUAUUUGCAAAUAACAACAAAGAAGCCACAAAGAAAGAAGAGUGAAAUGAUUAGACCCGUUGUUCACAGCCGAAUAGUUGUCUCUGCCCGGUGGAGGAAGUACAACCAUGAACCAUGUACCAUUAAUAUCUUUACGAAUGGAGACUUGCUGAUUCCCCCUGUUCGAUUGCUUAUUCCAAAGUACAUUAGUCAAGACUGGAAUCGUGUACUUGCCAUGGUCACAGAAAAAAUCCAUUUGCGUACAGGAGCUGUUCAAAGACUUUGUACAUUAGAUGGAAUAUCCUUGUUGGGGGCAGCUGAAUUGGACAACACUCAGUACUAUGUAGCCGUGGGGUCAGAGAAAUUCAAGAAACUACCAUAUUAUCAAGUACUGUCAAAGAAAAUGACAGCUCGAGAGACUCCUGGAUUUCACUCCGAACUGCUUCCUCCAAUCAGAAGAGGUCGAAAGGUCAGGGAAAGGUCUGAAGAUGACAGCACUCACUCUCCAGGAGAUGGACUGAUGAUUGUAGGACCUUCACAAGCAUUGAAAGGUCACUCUGAGGAACUGGGAGCAAAGGCAGCCAGGGAAGAAAACACAAUUUUUCGUGCAAAACCUGUCAAAAUCAAAUGCGACAAACCUGCAGAAAGUCCGCUGUCUGGAUAUGAGGAGAAUGGCGUGUUUAAAGCUCAGGACUCCCGAAAAGAAACAGAAGAUGCAGUGGAGGUACGGGAGGAUGCAGACACAGGAGUGGAUUUGCCUAUUGAUCAGGUCCCGGCUGAAAUUGUUCAUGAGGAAGAAAUACUGGCUAAUGAUAAUACGGUGUCUACAGCUCACCAUAAAAAUGGUCUAGACCAGGGAGACGAAGGUUACUGGAAUAGCAGCGAGCAGUACAGUGAGCCUAAUGGUUGGGCAGGAGAUGAGGACGGAGUGGUUGAAAGCGUAAAAGAAUGCAACAAAAACAACAAGGAAAACACGUCCAAUAGCCUACAUGAUCACGAUAGAACACUAGGAAAAUCAAACACAGAAACUCCAGCAAAAGGUGAACUCCAUAGACAGCAGGAGGAUCGAAUGAAGGAAGGUUCUCAAACAGCUAAUGAAGAGUGCACUUCAGAUGUGCCGUCAGGGACGAAGAGUUCAGUGCCUGGUCAGAAAGAACCAGCAGGACGUAAAUCUGACACACAGCACGGACAUGUAGAGAUGCAGCACCAUGUCGAGGAAGCUUUGGAGUUAGAAAAGGCUCCAAGGGGACAGGAGAAAUUCAGAAAACGAUUUGGAUUUCAUUUCAGGAGAUCAGCAAAAUCCAAGGAGGGUUCUAAAGAUAACAAGUGAAGGCAUUAGUCCCAGUUGCAGAUCCUAAAAGACGCGUGUGAAUAAUACAAAAUAAUGGAUCUGUAAAGCUUACACCUUGUCAGAAACAUGCAGACAGAGGAUAAACAUCGGAGACUCAUCAAGACCAAUCUAUCGCUCUCUAGUUGUUAAAAAUAACAAUUAUAUCACUGGGACAAUUUAGCAGUCCAUUCGAGAGUGAACACAUCAAAUGAACCCAAUGUACACUUUGCAGCCCACCCUAUCCCCACUGCAUAAUACCUAUAAAUGCUCAUUAUCCACAAAACUCACUCUAGAAUCUAGUAUUACACAUGUUUCACUGAAUAUCUGCAGCUCGUUCAUCUCUUGCAAGUUUUUUUCUCCCUGAUUUUGGAGUGAAAGUUCAAAUGUGUGAUUUUUUUUACUCAUCUCAAGGUGUGGGUGACUCUGACAAGCAUGUUUUGUUUUGCCCAUCCCUGGCUGCCCUUGAGAAGGUGGUGUUGGGACCUUCUCUUUAAACCAAUCCGUCCUGGCUCACCUAACUGAGCCAGUACAGAACUUUGAUGCCUUAUUCAAUGCUCAACUGUCCUUUAAACACCUCACAUCCCUGUCCAUGACCAGUUCAUUCCAUGCUAUAAUUUGUCACCUGAAAUGUUACAAACUUAGUUUUUCAUAAAUGCUAGUUGCUUUGUCUGCUUCUAGGAGUUUAAUAAAUCCAAGGGCCUUUGAACAAAAAGUAGAAUAACUUUUCGAAGAGAUAUCUUUAAGCGAUCAAGCGAUCCAUGGACACUUCAACAAACACCACCCGUAAUUCCUCCAGGUGUGGUGGUGUGGAAGCAUAGAUGCAACUUUCAAAUACUGCAUUUAAUAAAAUGCUUGUUUUGAAUGUAUUCAUUUAAUUUUUUUGAACAAUUUAUAUACUAACAAUGCACCUCGUUUAAUAUAUUUGCUAGUAAUGUUUCAUUAUUGUAUAACAGACAAGGAUAUAAUUUUCACUAUAUAUAUGAAUGGUGAUUAGUUAAUUUUUGUAAUUUUCUGACAAAUUAUUCCUGUUUUUUGCCUUAUCAGCAGGCUAACUAUAUGAUAUAAUUGCAUUCUCAAGAAAAUGACUGUCUCGGGAGAUGUAUUAAAUUGAUGAUUACAUUAAGGAGAAUAAAGUAAUAACAUUGAAAUAUUUAA